AUGGAAGGGACCCACAGCACCUUGCAUCUGUACCAGCCCGUCAGGGAGUGGAUCUCUGUGAGGCCGUUCCUCCCUAAACCCAUCCACAGCGGUUCUGGUGGUUCCACCCACAAGACCCCCGCCUCUCAUAGGGGUCAACCAAUCAUUCCCCACCAUCUACUAGAGGAGGAGCUAGCAGAGACUGUGCAGAGGGGUCAGUCAGAAGAACAUGGAUUUAAAAAACAGAAACAGAGUUUUGAGGAGGACAUCCAGGCGGUUGCUUCUUCGUCGUCGUCAGACUCUGAGCUCCAAUGGUUGGCUGACUUCCACCUCUUACCUCUCUGCUCAGAGUGCAAGGCCAGGGUUGGGAUGGGGAACCAGGGAGGGAAGCUCAGGCACCUGGGCUCCUCAGAGAACCGGGAUGGCUGUUCCCCCAGAUCCCCACUAGACCACCAGGCAACCAGGAGGAGGAGCACUGAGGGGCUGAGCGGCACCAGUAGCCUCCAGCACACCCUCACCCUGUCCCCUGGGACCCCACAGACCUCCAGGAAAAGGAGGCUGAAGAGGCUGUGGAUGAUGAGUGCUCCCCCAGCUGAGGAGAACCUUCAGUGGGGUACAGUGGAGCCGAGGUCAGCCUAUCCUUCUGGCGGGAUCUCCAACUUCAAGGUCAUGGAAGGAAGAGAGAGAGCGAAGACGGAGAAGAGUGACACUGUCAUUGGAGGAGAGAGGGAGAGGGAGAGGGAGAGGGAGAGGGAGAGGGAGAAGGAGAAGAGGGAUACCUUGACAUGGGGGACAAAGAGGCCAUGCACCAGUCCAUCCAGCGCUGUUCUGGACUCCCUCAUAGGGGUUCUACUCUCUGAGAACCGCCCUCAUUCUCCAAACAAAGUUCUCCCAUUUGAGUACCAUUAUCGUUAUCGCAUGCCCCGAGAGGUUCUAACUCUGAAAGAAGAGCCUGUUCAUAUUGACUCAGAUACGGAGCUCUCAGAGUAUGACAAUGAAUUGUGUAACACCUCCCCCUUCCCGUCUAAAUCUCAAGAGGUAGAGGAUUCCCAGGACAGCACCAGGCAGUCUCCAGAAGGGGGGACCACCCAGGGUCUGAGCCCCAGCCAGGAGGGAGGUAGAGCGGAGAAGGGGUGGAGGAUGGAGAGGGUGGAGGAAAAGAGGUCAGCCCAGCAGCGGUGUGAGGAGAUAGAGAGGGCGAGGAGGGAUGCAGCAUGGAGGGUGAUGGGGAAGAUUGAAGAGGUGGAGGGGAUCAUACAGAGGGUCAGUCUCACCAGCGCUGACUGGAUCAAGGAGGAGAGAGAGGGGGGUGUUUUUGGACUGCUUACCUCUAAGCCAGAUGAGUGUGUGUCUGAAGAAGAGUCAGUGUUAGAGACAAAACCUGAAUGCUCUCUCCAGCCCCAGCUGCAGUGCUCUGUCCAGUCACCACCCUCUCUCCAGCCCCAGCGGCAGUGCUCUGUCCAGCCACCACCCUCUCUCCAGCCCCAGCUGCAGUGCUCUGUCCAGCCACCACCCUCUCUCCAGCCCCAGCUGCAGUGCUCUGUCCAGCCACCACCCUCUCUCCAGCCCCAGCUGCAGUGCUCUGUCCAGUCACCACCCUCUCUCCAGCCCCAGCUGCAGUGCUCUGUCCAGUCACCACCCUCUCUCCAGCCCCAGCUGCAGUGCUCUGUCCAGCCACCACCCUCUCUCCAGCCCCAGCUGCAGUGCUCUGUCCAGCCACCACACUUUCUUCAGCCCCAGCCACAACAACUGCCAGAACCCUCUGUCCAAACCCAGCCCUUUCUCCAGCCCCAACCAGAGCUCCAGGAUUGGGGGCCCACUCGGGAAGAUCCUCUCCCAGUCGAGGAGCUCCGUGCCCUGGGUGAGGCGCUGAGCCAGAGCCUGCGGAGAGCCCUGAGGAUGGAGGGUCUAGGGGAGGACGAGGACUGGGAGUCAAUGAGGUGUAGAGAAGAGUUCAGAGAAACUACCUGGAACUUCAACUUAAAGCAAACCACUUCAGAAUCAUCAUUGGAACCCACUGACCUCUCCAAUGACAACACCAUGGCCUUUGACCCUAUGAGAGAAUGGAAGCCGUCUCUCUCAGCCGUCUUGGAUUGCACCUCAUCCCUGCGGACCUCCAAUAGCUUUAACAGCAUGUCCCACAUCCUGUCCCCUCUGUCCUCCCAGGUGUCCAGCCCUCAUCUUAGCCACUGUCCCCUGCCUCGCUCCCUCUCCCAGCAGCCUGGGGAAAGACAAGAAGACAAAGACAGAAUGAGGGAGGAGGAGGAGGAGGAGGAGGAGAGGAGGAGAAAGAACUCAUCCCUGGGCUGUCUGGUCCUGCAGGGUGGGAGUAGGGAGAGAGGAGGGAGAGGGAGUAGGGAGAGAGGAGACAGUGAUUCUACAGUCACCAGAGGAGGGAUAGCUGACAAGAAGGGGGCCAGGAAGAGGGUGGCGUGGCUGGACCUGAGGCUGAAUGAGCAGAACCAGAAGAAGAAUCAGAACCAGAGUGACAACCAGAGCCAAGGCAACUCCAUUUGGACUGAGCCCGGUGUUUCCAGUCCGUCCUCUGUGCUGUUUUCAGGUGAGUGCUCACCUUGUGUAUUUGAACAUGUCCAAAUGAUAACAAGAGAAAGGAGCUUACAGGAAGGGGAAAGAGACUGCGUAGAAUGGAUGAAGACUCAUUGUGUUAUGCAGCUGUACUGAGCUGCACAGGUUAACUGACCCUUAAACACACAACAACAGUACAAGUUUCUUCUGCCCAGUGGGGUGAAUAAGUGGACAUGCAGACAGAGCCCUGUGAUGUUCUAGCCAAGUUCUGACAGUCAGGUUUACACAUCGUUUAGUGAUCUAAGACUCCAGUCUGUCUGUCUGCUGUUUCUGCCUCAACCACUCUGCUUUCUCUAUAGUCAGGUGACUGCUAGGGGCCAAGACUGCUUGGGGCCACACAAACACGCACACGCACACGCACUCGCACACGCACUCACGCACACGCACACGCACACGCACACACACACACACACACACACACACACACACACACACACACACACACACACACACACACACACACACACAGACACACACGUGCACACGCGCACACUCGCACACUCGCACUCGCACACGCACACGCACACACACACACACACACACACACACACACACACACACAGAUGUUGACCAUUUGUACUUCCCAACUUAUCACACUCCCUUUGAGGCUGUAAACUCUUGAAAACCAUCAUGGGGCCAUCAUCAUUCCCAGACUACCAUACAUCCUCUCUACCCAUGUUUAGUGCACCAGAGGCACCCUUGUGUCUGUUUGUGUGUGUGUGUUCUAGCAUGGGGAGCGCACCUGCCAGGGCUCCCUGGGAAGUUAUCAGCCAUGGUUGGAUGUGCAGUGACCUGGAGUUGACCCAAGGUCCAGGAUAUAGGACUAGUGUGUGUCUCUCUCUGUCUCUCUCUCUCUCUCUCUCUCUCUCUCUCUCUCUCUCUCUCUCUCUCUCUCUAUCUCUCUAUCUCUCUCUCUCUCUCUCUCUCUCUCUCUCUCUCUCUCUCUCUCUCUCUCUCUCUCUCUCUCUGUCUCUCUUUGUCUCUCUCUCAGUCACUGUCUCUCUCUCUGUCAAUUAAAUUAAAUGCAAAGGGAUUUAUUGGCAUGUUAACAUUGCCAAAGCAAGUGAAAUAGAUAAUAAACAAAAGUGAAAUAAACAAUUAAAAAUAAACAUUAAACAGUCAAACUCAUAAAAGUUCCAAAGGAAUAGAGACAUUUCAAAUGUCAUAUUAUGGCUAUAUACAGUGUUGUAACAAUGUGCAAAUGGUUGAAGUGCAAAAGGGAAAAUAAAUAAACAUAAAUAUGGGUUGUAUUUACAAUGGUGUUUGUUCUUCACUGGUUGUCCUUUUCUUGUGGCAACAGGUCACAAAUAUUGCUGCUGUGAUUGCACACUGUGGUUUUUCACCCAAUAGAUAUGGGAGUUUAUCAAAAUUGGGUUUGUUUUCGUAUUCUUUGUGGAUCUGUGUAAUCUGAGGGAAAUAGUGUCUCUCAUAUGGUCAUACAUUUGGCAGGAGGUUAGGAAGUGCAGCUCCGUUUCCACCUCAUUUUGUGGGCAGUGUGCACAUAGCCUGUCUUCUCUUGAGAGCCAGGUCUGCCUACUGCGGUCUUUCUCAAUAGCAAGGCUCUGCUCACUGAGUCUGUACAUAGUCAAAGCUUUCCUUAAGUUUGGGUCAGUCACAGGGGUCAGGUAUUCUGCCACUGUGUACUCUCUGUUUAGGGCCAAAUAGCAUUCUAGUUUGCUCUGUUUUUUUGUUAAUUCUUUCCAAUGUGUCAAGUAAUUAUAUUUUUGUUUUCUCAUGAUUUGGUUGGGUCUAAUUAUGUUGCUGUCCUGGGGCUCUGUGGGGUCUGUUUGUGUUUGUGAACAGAGCCCCAAGACCAGCUUGCUUAGUUGACUCUUCUCCAGGUUCAUCUCUCUGUAGGUGAUGGCUUUGUUAUGAAAGGUUUGGGAAUUGCUUCCUUUUAGGUGGUUGUAGAAUUUAACCGCUCUUUUCUGGAUUUUGAUAAUUAGCGGGUAUUGGCCUAAUUCUGCUCUGCAUGCAAUAUUUGGUGUUUUAUGUUGUACACUGAGGAUAUUUUUGCAUAAUUCUGCAUGCAGAGUAUCAAUUUGGUGUUUGUCCCAUUUUGUGAAUUCUUGGUUGGUGAGCGGACCCCAGACCUCACAACCAUAAAGGGCAAUGGGUUCUAUAACUGAUUCAAGUAUUUUUAGCCAGAUCCUAAUUGGUGUGUUGAAUUGUAUGUUCCUUUUGAUGGCAUAGAAGGCCCUUCUUGCCUUGUCUCUCAGAUCGUUCACAGCUUUGUGGAAGUUACCUGUGGCGCUGAUGUUUAGGCCGAGGUAUAUAUAGUUUUUUGUGUGCUUUAGGGCUCUAGGUGGAAUUUGUAUUUGUGGUCCUGGCAACUGGACCUUUUUUGGAACACCAUUAUUGUUGUCUUACUGAGAUUUACUGUCAGGGCCCAGGUCUGACAGAAUCUGUGCAGAAGAUCUAGGUGCUGCUGUAGGCCCUCCUUGGUAGGGGACAGAAGCACCAGAUCAUCAGUAAACAGUAGACAUUUGACUUCAGAUUCUAGUAGGGUGAGGCUGGGUGCUGCAGACUGUUUUAGUGCCCUCGCCAAUUCGUUGAUAUAUAUGCUGAAGAGGGUGGGGCUUAAGCUGCAUCCCUGUCUCACCCCAUGGCCCUGUGGAAAGAAAUGUGUGUGUUUUUUAUGCAAAUUUUUACCGCACACCUUUUGUUUGUGUACAUGGAUUUUAUAAUGUCAUAUAUUUUUCCCCCAACACCACUUUCCGUCAAUUUGUAUAGCAGACCCUCAUGCCAAAUUGAGUCAAAAGCUUUUUUGAAAUCAACAAAGCAUGAGAAGACUUUGCCUUUGUUUUGGUUUGUUCGUUUGUCAAUUAGGGUGUGCAGGGUGAAUACGUGGUCUGUCGUACGGUAAUUUAGUAAAAAGCCAAGUUGACAUUUGCUCAGUACAUUGUUUUCACUGAAGAAAUGUAAGAGUCUGCUGUUAAUGAUAAUGCAGAGGAUUUUCCCAAGGUUGUUGUUGACCCAUAAUCCACGGUAGUUAUUGGGGUAAAAUUUGUCUCCACUUUUGUGGAUUGGGGUGAUCAGUCCUUGGUUCCAAAUAUUGGGGAACAUGCCAGAGCUAAGGAUGAUGUUAAAGUUUUAAGUAUAGCCAAUUGGAAUUUGUGGUCUGUAUAUUUGAUCAUUUCAUUGAGGAUACCAUCAACACCACAGGCCUUUUUGUGUUGGAGGGUUUGUAUUUUGUCCUGUAGUUCAUUCAAUGUAAUUGGAGAAUCCAGUGGGUUCUGGUAGUCUUUAAUAGUUGAUUCUAAGAUUUGCAUUUGGUCAUGUAUAUGUUUUUGCUGUUUGUUAUUUGUUACAGGGCCAAAAUGAUUGGUGAAGUGGUUUACCCAUACAUCUCCGUUUUGGAUAGAUAACUCUUCGUGUUGUUGUUUGUUUAGUGUUUUCCAAUUUCCCCAGAAGUGGUUAGAGUCUAUGGAUUCUUCAAUUACAUUGAGCUGAUUUCUGAUGUGCUGUUCAUACUUUUUCCGUAGUGUAUUUCUGUAUUGUUUUAGUGAUUCACCAUAGUGAAGGCGUAGGCUCAGGUUUUCUGGGUCUCAAUGUUUUUGGUUGGUUAGGUUUCUCAAUUUCUUUCUUAGGUUUUUGCAUUCUUCAUCAAACCAUUUGUCAUUGUUGUUAAUUUUCUUUGGUUUUCUGUUUGACAUUUUUAGAUUUGAUAGGGAAGCUGAGAGGUCAUCUCUGUUUUGGAUAGAUUGCUCUUCGUGUUGUUGUUUGUUUAGUGUUUUCCAAUUUCUUAAUAUUAUUCAGUUCCUUUUGGCUUUGAUGCCUCAUGAUUGAGUAUUGCUCUGUUCAAGUAGACUGUGAUUUUGCUGUGGUCUGAUAGGGGUGUCAGUGGGCUGACUGUGAACGCUCUGAGAGACUCUGGGUUGAGGUCAGUGAUAAAGUGGUCUACAGUACUACUGCCAAGAGAUGAGCUAUAGGUGUACCUACCGUAGGAGUCCCCUCGAAGCCUGCCAUUGACUAUGUACACACCCAGUGUGCGACAGAGCUGCAGGAGUUGUGACCCGAUUUUGUUGGUUAUGUUGUCGUAGUUGUGCCUAGGGGGGCAUAUGGGGGAGGGAAUGCUGUCACCUCCAGGUAGGUGUUUGUCCCCCUGUGUGCUGAGGGUGUCAGGUUCUCUUCCAGUUCUGGCAUUUAGAUCACCAUAGACUAAUACAUGUCCCUGACUAGUACAGGUCUAUACUAAGAAGAGAGGAGAAGCGAGAGAGAGGAGACAGAGAGAGAGAGAGGCGAGAGGAGAGAGAGAGAGCGAUCUCGAUCCCAGGAUUUAAGAGCAUAGACUACGCCCUCGGAUUGUGUGUCUCUGGCUCUACUGCGCUAGCUCUGUCUCUCUCUCUCUCUAUCUCUCUAUCUCUCUCUCCUCUCUCUCUCUCUCUCUCUCUCUCUCUCUCUCUCUCUCUGUCUCUCUCUCUGUCUCCCUCUCUCUGUUUCUGUCUCUCUGUGUUGCUCUCUCUGUCUCUCUGUCUCAGUCUCUCUCUCUCAAUUCAAUGGGAAACGUGUGUUAACAUUGCCAAAGCAAGUGAAGUAGAUAGUCUCUCUCUCUCUCUCUCUCUCUCUCUCUCUCUCUCUCUCUCUCUCCUCUCUCAUCUCUCUCUCAUCUCUUGCCUCUGUCAUAUCUCAGUAGUUCAUGUAUCAUUGUUUUAUGGCUGGAGCUUUGUUCAUUGCUCUUCCUUUCUUAUCUGCUCGGCAUUAUUCAGUUAGGUCCAGCUUUGUUUUGGCUGGAGCAUUGAGUUCAUGUAGUCCAGCUGUUUUAUUGGCUGGAGCAUUGAGUUCAUGUAGCCCAUCUGUUUUAUGGGGGAGCAUGAUUCAUGUAGUCAGGCUGUUUUAUUGGUGGGCAUUGAGUUAUGAGUCCAGCUGUUUUUUGAUGGAGCAUUGCAGUUCUCCUUUCAGAAGUGUUUGCUGGCAGCAUGUUCACUAGACAAGUUAUUGGCAGGGAUGCCCUUUCAUUAGUACAGCGUAAUGGUUGGGGAGAUUGAGGUCAUGUAGUGGCCUUUUUGAGCUGGUGAGUUAGUUAAUGGUAGUCCCAGGCAAUGUAAGUAUCGGCUAGUUAACAUUGGAAAUCCUCUAUUAAUUGGCUGCAGAGUCAGACCUGAAAUGAAAACAAUGGAAUGCUUUCAUUAUACACGCAAUGUUGGGGAAAUUAGGAAAAUUGGGCCUUAUGUUGAAGCUGUGUUGUAGUUUUAAUGUAACUGGUGAUGUCAUCCCUAGGCAAACUGUAAAGACGCUUUACUGCAAUGGAAGUUGGAACUGGACUUGUUAAGUACAUCACACAAAUACACAUUUCUACCUACCCAGAUCAAGAGUUUCUGCAAUGAUUUCUCCAUUCAUUCAUUGAAUUUCAAUUCACUUUCUGUAUUCACUGAAUUGAAACUGAAUUGACCUCAACCAUCCUGUAUCGGUGGUUAGGUCUACCUGCUUAGGUUGAACUCUCUGUGAUGUCUUGUGUGUAAGUUACAAGUGGUAUACAUACAUCCAGUCACUUGUAGGUGUAGGGUACAAAAAGUAAAGUCAUGGAAGAAACCCACACAUUAUUGAAUGCUCCCAACGGUUUUAUUUAACGCAACGUUUCGACUGUCCUGUUUCUCUCCCCAGACGAGGCCCUGACGAGACAGGAGGAGAUCUGGCAGAGAGAGGUGGAGGAUUCUCUGUCGUACUGCCGGUCCCUGACCCGCCCCUCUCGCCCCAAACACGUCGACUUCCUCAGGAUCACACCACUGGAAGAUGACAUCACCAGCGACUUGCCUUUCUCCCCACAGCGAGUGAGUUGUUCUGACGUCUUAGACAUUUCAGACACACUUUACUUAAAGCAUCCAGGUAUAAUGCUUUAUUUUGUAUUAUUAUGAUUUAUUUUGUGUAAAGAGACUUAGGAAUGGGAAGCUGCUAGGCCCUGUGUGAUGCACAGGACUGUAUUUGUUGUUGUAGAAUUGUUUUAGUUUUUCAGCUAUUACUUAACCAAAGGGAUUUAUAGAUGCUUUGUCUGAAUGCACAGUGUGUGUGUGUAAGUGUGUGUCUGCGCAUGUGUGUGUUGAGUGGAUUUCUGCUGCCCACUAGCUGUCUGCCUGCUAUCCUUUGACAGGCACCUUGCCUGGCUGUUUAAGCAGCUUGCGGGUGGGGGGUGGGGAAGGGGUGGGGGGUUGUUGGCCUGCUCUGCACCUGUCACAUCUAAAAUCCUGUUCACCUCUUAUUGGACACGUCUGUGUUAACUUUUCUCUAGAUCAGUGGUCAUUCAUAGUGCACAAAAUGUUCUACUAUAACACCAUUAUCAACUUUUUGGAUUGAUAACACUUUCAUAAUACAUGAUUUGUAAAAGUGUUUGGUUUGAUUUGAUCAAGGGGUUAUUAUAUGUUUUAAAAGGGCCUUUGUGGUCUAGAGUGACUUGUAGGAACCUCUGCAUCUACUCUUCACAUUCAAACAUACUGACACAGUGAAACCAUGAACCCCCUCCUCCAACUUAACCCCUUAAUAGCUAAUUGAAAGCCCCUUAAUCCUCAGAAAUACACCUGUCCACUGUCUGAAGUCCACUUCAUUGGUGGGCAGAGUUUGAAAGCCUUAGAGAGUACAUUCACUUGACUGUGUGCUAAGCUUCCAUAGGAAUCAUCUCCAAGUUAUGAUAUAAAGUGCAUUCGGAAAGUAUUCAGACCCCUUGACUUUUUCCAAAUUUUGUUACGUUACAGCCUUAUUCUAAAAUGUAAAUCUACACACAAUACCACAAAAUGACAAAGCAAAAACUGUUUUUUAGAUUUUUUUGCAAAUGUAUUGAAAAUAAAACACGGAAAUAUUACAUUUACAUAAGUAUUCAGACCCUUUACUCAGUACUUUGUUGAAGCACCUUUGGCAGCAAUUACAGCCUCGAGUCUUCUUGGGUAUGACGCUACGCUACAAAUACAGUCCUGUGCAUCACACAGGGCCUAGCAGCGUCCCAUUCCUAAGUCUCUUUACACAACAAAAACCUAAUACACACAAAUCUAAGUAAGAGAAUGGAAUAAGAAUAUAUAAAUAUAUGGAUGAGCAAUGUCAUUAUCAGAGGGGCAUAGGCUAAGAUGCAAUAGAUAGUAUAGAAUACAGUAUAUACAUAUGAGAUGGGUAAUGCAAGAUAUGUAAACAUUAUUAAGGUGCCAUUAUUAAAGUGACUAGUGUUCCAUUUAUUAAAGUCGCCAGUGAUUUUCAAGUCUGUAUGUAGGCAGCAGCCUCUCUGUGCUAGUGAUGGCUGUUUAACAGUCUGAUGGCCUUGAGAUAGAAGCUGUUUUUCAGUCUCUCGGUCCCAGCUUUGAUGCACCUGUACUGACCUCGCCUUCUGGAUGAUAGCGGGGUGAACAGGCAGUGGCUCGGGUGGUAGUUGUCCUUGAUGAUCUUUUUGGCCUUCCUGUGACAUCAGGUGCUGUAGGUGUCCUGGAGGGCAGGUAUUUUGCCCCCGGUGAUGCGUUGUGCAGACCACACCACCAUCUGGAGAGCCUUGCGGUUGUGGGCGGUGCAGUUGCCGUACCAGGCGGUGAUACAGCCCGACAGGAUGCUCUCAAUUGUGCAUCUGUAAAAGUUUGUGAGGGUUUUAGGUGACAGGCCAAAUUUCAUCAGCCUCCUGAGGUUGAAGAGAUGCUGUUGCGCCUUCUUCACCACACUGUCUGUGUCGGUGGACCAUUUCAGUUUGUCGGUGAUAUGUACGCCGGGGAACUUAAAACGUUCCACCUUCUCCACUGCUGUCCCGUCGAUGUGGAUGACUAGCGACUCAUGGUGUAAUUGUAACAAUAUACAGGAACUCAAGUCAUUUUUGUUCACCUGAAUUCCUCACAAUCAAAUGCCGACCGUAUUAUCCCCCCUCAAGCCGAUACCACGACGGCCCUCAAGGAACUUCACUAGACUUUAUGCAAACUGGAAACCAUAUAUCCUGAGGCUGCAUUUAUUGUAGCUGGGGAUUUUAACAAAGCAAAUUUGAGAAAAAGGCUACCUAAAUUCUAUCAGCAUAUUGACUGUAGCUCUGGAAAAACACUGUUAUACUAAUUUCCGCUAUGCACACAAGGCCCUCCCCCGCCCUCCUUUCAGCAAAUCUGACCACGACUCCAUUUUGCUCCUCCCUUCCUAUAGGCAGAAACUCAAACAGGAAGCACCCGUGCUUAGGACUAUUCAAAUCUGGUCUGACCAAUCGGAAUCAAUGCUUCAAGAUUGUUUUGAUCACGCGGACUGGGAUAUAUUCCGGGUAGCCUCUGAGAAUAAUAUAGACGUAUACGCUGAUUCGGUGCGUGGGUUUAUAAGGAAGUGUAUUGGAGAUGUUCAAGUCCAGGCUCUGGCUGGGCCACUCAAGGACAUUCAGAGACUUGUCCCGAAGCCACUCCUGCGUUGUCUUGGCUGUGUGCUGUCUUGGUCGUUGUCCUGUUGGAAUGGUGAACCUUCGCCCCAGUCUGAGGUCCUGAGCACUCUGGAGCAGGUUUUCAUCAAGUAUCUCUCAGUACUUUGCUCCGUUAAUCUUUCCCUCAAUCCUGACUAGUCUCCCAGUCCCUGCCACUGAAGAACAUCCCCACAGCAUGAUGCUGUCACCACCAUGCAUCACCGUAGGGAUGGGUUCCAGGUUUCCUCCAGACGUGACGCUUGGCAUUCAGUUUAAUCUUGGUUUCAUCAGACCAGAGAGUCCUUUAGGUGCCUUUUAGCAAACUCCAAGUGGGCUGUCAUGUGCCUUUUACUGAGGAGUGGAUUCCGUCUGGCCACUCUACCAUAAAGGCCUGAUUGGUGGAGUGCUGCAGAGAUGGUUGUCCUUCUGGAAGUUUCUCCCAUCUCCACAUACGAACUCUGGAGCUCUGUCAGAGUGACCAUCGGGUUCUUGGUCACCUCACUGACCAAGGCCCUCUCCCCUGCUUAGUUUGGCCAGGUGGCCAGCUCUAGGAAGACUCUUGGUGGUUCCAAACUUCUUCCAUGUAAGAAUGAUGGAGGCCACUGUGUUCUUGGGGACCUUCAUUGCUGCAGAAAUGCUUUGGUACCCUUCCGCAGAUCUGUGUCUCGACACAAUCCUGUCUCUGAGCUUUACGGACAAUUCCUUCGACAUCAUGGCUUUGUUUUUGCUCUGACAUGCACUGUCAACUCUGUGACCUUAUAUAGACAGGUGUGUACCUUUCCAAAUCAUGUCCAAUCAACUGAAUUUACCACAGGUUGACUCCAAUCAAGUAGAAACAUCUCAAGGAUGAUCAAAUGAAACAGGAUGCACCUGAACUCAAUUUGGAGUCUCAUAGCAAAGGGUCUGAAUACUAAUGUAAAUAAGUUAUUUGUGUUUUUUUAUUUUGAAUAAAUCUGCGAACAUUUCUAAAAACCAGUUUUUGCUUUGUCAUUAUGGGGUAUUGUGUGUAGAUUGAUGAGUGCAUUUUCUUUAUUUAAUCCAUUUUAGAAAAAGGCUGUAACGUAACAAAAUGUGGAAAAAGUCAAGGGGUCUGAAUACUUUCCGAAUGCGCUGUACAGGUAUUACAGAAUGGAGAGUUUCUGAUAGAUUUCCUUAGGGGUUUUCUUUAGCAAAUAUUUGAAUGAUAUGAAUGAUAUGAAUUCAUGAUAAAUAUUAUAUAUCAUUUUUACCUACACUAUACAUUAUCCCCUGGCAUUGGAUUUGAACCAGUGAGCUGGAUAAUUUGCAUUUAUUUCUCUCUAAUUCUAUCUUAAUGCUAUUUGCUACAGGAUUAUCUGGUUUCAUUUCUCUUACAUAAACAGGUCCAUGCUCGAGAGCCCCAAUAGCCCACCCUGGUAACCAUUACAUGGCAAUGCAAUAGGAAAGUGCAUUAAGACUUAAGUCAUAGGCCAUGGGCCUACUAAGAUCAGGCUUUGUGAUUAAAUCCCGUCCGUAUCAUAUGGAGUACUGUAAGUCUCAACCCUGUAAGUCUCAAGUUAUAUCAAUGGUUUCACUUUCUGUGAUACUGUAUGAAUUUGUCCUUCUCUCUCUUGCAACAUGCAGUGAUAAAACACAUGCAAAUUAAACACAUACAAGGGUGGUGUCUGAUCUGUAGAUAGCCAUGCAAAUACACUAGCCAUUUGAAACACAACGGACUGUCAUAAUAUGUACAUUGUAAUUGAUUGCGUAUAAUACUGUAAAUGUAUCUAUUUCCUCUUACUCUUUCCAAUUCACCUUUACCAUUAUUUUGACCUGUAUAGUUGCAUCGUUGGUAUAUCGUAUUUUAAAUGUGUGUGACUGUCCUUGUCUGUCAGUGUAUGUAUGUGUGUUUUGUUACUUGCCAGGUUUUGUGUUUUUUUUUUGUGGACCCCAGGAAGAGUAGCUGCUGCUUCUGCAAAAGCCAAUGGGGAUCCACCCCCCCCCCCACCCCCAAAAAUUUUUUUUUGACAUGUGAGAAAACAAGACCAACUUCCUAUGGACUUAAAUAGUAAGACAUAUAGGCGGGGUCAGAACUGAGUGGAGACGGAGACUUCCACGUCACUAUAGGCUACUGCUAUAGAGCUCAGCUCUUGAAGAAGUGUACUGUCUCCCAUUUACCAUCUGUCAGUCUGGGUGUGGUGUGCUGUGCUGUGCUGUGGUCUGGGUUGAUACCAGAGUAUAACUCCAAAGUGGAACUCUCAGGGUGUAGUCAGUCACAGUCUGUUACGGUGGUGCUACUGCUGAGCCCGAGUGUCUUCAGUGAGGAGAGAAGAAGAAGCUGGAUAGUUGGAGGAGGAAGAAGUCUGCUGCAGUCUACGACAGAAGCAGAUUGUCUUCGGUGAAUAGGGAAGGAGAGGCUGAAUAGUUGGAGGAGAAGAGGACCAGACCAAAAGACUACCUACUUUCACUUAUUAUGUUUCUCUCUAACGACAGAAGACAGAGGGAUCUGAACAGAAGACAGAGGGUUCUGAACAGAAGAUAGAGGGAUCUGAACAGAAGACAGGGGUUUGAACAGAAGACAGGGAUCUGAACAGAAGACAGAGGGAUCUGAACAGAAGACAAAGGGAUCUGAACAGAAGACAGAGGGAUCUGAACAGAAGACAGAGGGAUCUGAACAGAAGACAGAGGGAUCUGAACAGAAGACAGAGGGAUCUGAACAGAGAAGUAGAAGAUGAGACUGGUGAAUAAUAGAGCUCAACUCUCUUUGGAGCAUUGCCUUUUUCCAGCACUUUUUGAAUGUGUUGCAAAAAGUACUGGUAACUAACUCACUGCAUGACUCACUGCAUGACUAAAUACUGUUUCUGGCUACUUUUUCCAUGCUGAUGUUUCUUCCCCACAAAACAUUUUGGUGCUCAGCAUGUGGGUAUCCCCAUUAAAACCUUCAACGUUUGGAGGAUUUAUCAAAGAAUAUAACUACUCAAACUUCCAUCAACUGUUACAGUGGCUACAAAAAGAGGAACGUCAGUUUUCAUUUUGUUUGAGAUGCCUUUUUCUUAUUUGUCAAGUUAUUUUCCCAAUGGAGCAGAGGCAGUGUGUGUUUCUGGAGGUGUAUAGAUGUAUUAUUUCCCAUCAACACUGAAAGGCCGUAUUGUGUUGGACCAACACAGCAUUACCUGGAUUGGAGACAGAUUAAAGUACAUUACACGCAUUAAACUGAACGGUAUGUGGGGAGAUCACUGGCUGUGAUUUGGACCUGAAUCAUAUUAGUUGUGAUUUAUUUUUAGAUGAUUUAAACCUGCAUUUGAUAAAGAGCUCAACCAUGAACGGAGUGAACACUAACGGCAACACUGAUGCUGCUCAGGGGAAGGCCUCUUCCAACUCGUUCCUUGACAGAUUCUCCACCGUCUUUACUCACCCAGACAGGUCAGAGUCCCAGCGGCCUGACGGCAAGACGGAGGUCCUGAAGUUCUUCCAGAAUCUCUCAGACGAGAGCAAGACAGACACUUCCCCCGACACUUCUCCCGGGAACGUCUACAGCAGUCAGGAAGUUGAUGAAGUCAAUGGAAAUGAGAGGACAGAAGGAAGGGAUUCAAGUGCAGUAGGUGUGGUGCAGAAGAAUGGAGAAUCCACCACCACCACCACCACAGUUGUGCAACAUGACAGCAUGAAUGAAACUCUGGGCCAGAGGACUGUAGAACCGAGGAACAUGGACUCAGAGAAGGAAGAGGAUGCAAACAGCAACUGUCUUGUCCAAUCAGAAGACAUAAUUUCAGAGAAGAAGUCUCAUUUAAGUAUAUAUGAUGAGUCAACAGACCAAUCAGAUGACUGCAUUUCAGAAAGGCCGUCCCACUUACAAGGAUAUAGUGGGUCAACUGACCCUAUUGAACAGAGAGUGACGAUAAACAAACAUAGGAACAGUUGGUCUUCAGAGAACUGCAGUAUGGAGGAGCCUAUAGACACACAGAAUACCACAGACAGAGCCAAUCAGGACAUGAGAACUGACUGUCCCAGUACAGACAAGUUGGAAUCAACAGACCAGCAAAGUCAGUGUGUGUCAACAGACAACCGUCAUCAAGAUAUGGUCACAAACAAUCAUGAUGAAGACAAAGUCAAGGAGACGAAGAACACAGAGGUGUCGACAGACAACUACAACAGGCUGGCCUGGUUAACAGACAGUGAAACCAAUCCAAGAAGUUAUCAGGAAACAUGUACAUAUGAUAACCAAGACUCACCUGCUGACAGCAAAGACUUACCUGCUGCUGAUGUUGUAGCCAGAGACCUUGCUAACCCAUCUGCAGUAAUGGAACCUGGCACUAGUACACGGCUACCUUCAAACACCAGAAAGCUGGUGAUAACCAUGACCAGGAUUGAGCCUAUAUCUGAUGACCAGCAGCAUACAGCCUCUGAAACUGAGAGCCUGUUAGAGGCUGGAGGGGUUGAAACUGAGAGCCUUUUAGAGGCUGGUGGGGCUGAAACUGAGAGCCUGUUAGAGGCUGGAGAGGCUGAAACUGAGAGCCUGUUAGAAGCUGGAGAGGCUGAAACUGAGAGCCUGUUAGAGGCUGGAGGGGCUGAAACUGAGAGCCUGUUAGAGGCUGGAGAGGCUGAAACUGAGAGCCUGUUAGAGGCUGGAGACGCUGAAACUGAGGGCCUGUUAGUGGCUGGAGAGGCUGAAACUGAGAGCCUGUUAGAGGCUGGAGACGCUGAAACUGAGGGCCUGUUAGUGGCUGGAGAGGCUGAAACUGAGAGCCUGUUAGAGUCUGGGGAGGCUGUUAAUGCACUGGCCGAGGAACUCCCUCACGCAUCUGCUUCUGAGUCUGAGAUCACAGCCCAGUCUACAGCCCAGUCCUCUCAGCCCUGCAGCCCCCUGGAUGAAGCCCCAACCCCAGCACCAGCCAGCCCCCAGGAUGGAGCCCCAACCCCAGCACCAGCCAGUCCCCAGGAUGGAGCCCCAACCCCAGCACCAGCCAGUCCCCAGGAUGGAGCCCCAACCCCAGCAUCAGCCAGUCCCCAGGAUGGAGCCCCAACCCCAGCACCAGCCAGUCCCCAGGAUGGAGCCCCAACCCCAGCACCAGCCAGUCCCCAGGAUGGAGCCCCAACCCCAGCACCAGCCAGUCCCCAGGAUGGAGCCCCAACCCCAGCACCAGCCAGUCCCCAGGAUGGAGCCCCAACCCCAGCCAGUCCCCCAGGAUGGAGCCCCAACCCCAGCACCAGCCAGUCCCCAGGAUGGAGCCCCAACCCCAGCCAGUCCCCAGGAUGGAGCCCCAACCCCAGCACCAGCCAGUCCCCAGGAUGGAGCCCCAACCCCAGCAACCGCCAGUCCCCAGGAUGGAGCCCCAACCCCAGCACCAGCCAGUCCCCAGGAUGGAGCCCCAACCCCAGCCAGUCCCCAGGAUGGAGCCCCAACCCCAGCACCAGCCAGUCCCCAGGAUGGAGCCCCAACCCCAGCCAGUCCCCAGGAUGGAGCCCCAACCCCAGCACCAGCCAGUCCCCAGGAUGGGCUCCCAGCCUUAACCCCAGGUCCAACCAUUGGCCCUCCUCCUGGCACUACCUCCACCAGAGCCACCUUCUCCCGCGGUUCCCCAGUGGACAAGCCCCUCCAGCUGCCUGCCUUGUUCAGUGGUCUGAGGAUCCCAAAGAAGGAGGCGAAAGGGCCGGAUCAGGACAUAUUGGGCAAGAUCAGAACACCAUCCCCAUCAGGCCUGGGUGUGGACAAGCUUGUGAGGAGAAAGCUGACGACAGCUCGCAGGAGGCAGGGGAGCUUCUUGGACCAGCUCUCCCAGUUCCUGAACCUGGAGAAGGAUGUCAACAGUAAGACAGAGGAGUCUACAGGAGAGGACAGGAGGGAGUCUACAGGAGAGGACAGGAGGGAGUCUACAGGAGAGGAGAGGAGGGAGUCUACAGGAGAGGAGAGGAGGGAGUCUACAGGAGAGGACAGGCGGGAGUCUACAGGAGAGGACAGGAAGGAGUCAGAGCCCUCAGACGAGACCGAAGGAGUCAGAGUCGAACCUGAAGAUGGGAUGGAGGAGAAGGAGAAGACAGAACAGGAAGAGGGAGGAGAAGGGCAGAAAACAGGAGAAGAGAAAGAGACAGACCAGGACACAGAGAAAGAGAAGACUGAAGUUCUGUCUGUGAUAGAGCCUCCGGAAUCUUCAGAACCUUCAGAGACACUAGAACCCUCAGAACCUUUAGAACCUCAGAAGCCUCCUCCCUCCAGUGCGGAGGUGGCGUUCGAUGCCUUCAAGGCCUUCUUCAUCCCCAGGCCCCUGAGGAGAGAGGGAGACAGGGAGGACCAGGAGGCAGUGAAGAGGAAGGCCUGGAUCUUUGAGAGAACCUCCAAGACUCCUGAAAAGAAAAACCUCACUGACUCAAAAGUAUGCAUCUGUGUUGUGUUAUCUAGCUCUUUCUUUGCCUACUCUCUAUCAUGUGUUUUGCUGUAUCUCUUUGACAAUAAUGUCACUUUUAUCCAAAGCGACUUACGUGUCUCGUGUAGCUCAGUUGGUAGAGCAUGGCGUUUGCAAUGGCAGGGUUGUGGGUUCGAUUCCCACGGGGGGCCAGUAUGAAAAAAAUAAUUAUUAUGCACUCACUAACUGUAAGUCGCUCUGGAAAAGAGCGUCGGCUAAAUGACUAAAAUGUAAAAUCACAGUGCAUACAUACACAUACUGAUUAUAUUAGUGAAUGCCAUGCAGGCAUUUCAGUGACGUCUGUAGUGAGUGCUCUAUGCCUGAUUUAAGAAUGACUUUUUAAUAUCUUCCUAAUGUUAUGUUGCUGUCAUCCCCCCCAGUCGGAGACGUGGACCCCAGGUGAUGGAGAGGACCGGUCCACCCCAGGCCGUCUGCAGGCCAUCUGGCCCCCGACUAAGGAGGAGAAGGUUGGGCUGAAAUACACAGAAGCAGGUAAUCUAUUUUUAGAAAAACACAUAUUCGCUAUGGCUGGAACGUUACAGUAGCUUGAGGUAUGUGGAUAUGUGUGUGAGAUACCUCUGAUUAUAUCACUUAUUUAAUGAUGUCAAAGAGAGAUUGUAGUUCUAUGUACAGAUCUCAAGUUAGGAUUCAACCCUAGGCCUUGACCCGUGCGACCCAUGCAGCCAGCCAGGCCAGCUCCUUGCUGUGACUAACUGAGCUCUGUGGGUUAUAGUAUGAGAGAGAGAGAGAGAGAGAGAGAGAGAGAGAGAGAGAGAGAGAGAGAGAGAGAGAGGGAGAGAGGGAGAGAGGGAGAGAGAGAGAGAGAGAGAGGAGAGAGAGAGAGGAGAGAGGAGAGAGAGAGAGAGAGAGAGUCAAUGUUUGCUCUGUGGUACAUGUACAAUACCAUGGUCUAAUGGUAAGGUAAAUACUCCACCCUGUCCCUGUUACUGUCCACAGCAGCAGGCUUCUGCCUUGUCUCUAGAUGACUAAUGUCACAUGGGCAGUGUUUUGGGACAGGGCUGUGUGUACAGUGGUGGCAGGAACUAUUCCAUUCACUUCUUAAAUUCUUAUGCCUCAGAAAACACAUCAGAUGUGUGUGUGUGUUUUGGCAGGGGCCACUCCUUGUGCACACACUCCUAAAAACACGCCUAAGCACCAGCUGUUUAUCCUACCAAGAAAACACACAUGCCAGGAUUAUCCAACAAACAGAUACAUCUAUAAAUGGCUUAAGUGUGAUUAGGAAUGGUGACCAUAUGAGAAGUAGAAUAGAGCAGAAACUUACUGUGGUUCAGUUGUGAUAGUUUUGUUCCCGUUUAUGUUGAUGAGCUGUCUCUCUGUCCUCCAGAACACCAGGCAAUCCUCCUGCAGCUGAAGAGAGAAUGCAAAGAGGAAGUGGAGAAGAUACAGGUCAGUAAAGCAUAGUACUACACCUCCUUUGCUACCUGCGAUUCUACAGUUGAAGUCGGAAGUUUACAUAUACUUUCUUGUUAACAAACUAUAGUUUUGCCAAGUCGGUUAUGACAUCUACUUUGUGCGUGACACAAGUCAUUUUUCCAACGAUUGUUUACAGACAGAUUAUUUCACUUAUAAUUCACUGUGUCACAAUUCCAGUGGGUCAGAGGUUUACAUACACUAAGUUGACUGUGCCUUUAAACAGCUUGGAAAAUACCAGAAAAUGAUGUCAUGGCUUUAGAAGCUUCUGAUAGGCUAAGUGACAUCAUUUGAGUCAAUUGGAGGUGUACCUGUGGAUGUAUUUCAAGGCCUACCUUCAAACUCAGUGCCUCUUUGCUUGACAUCAUGGGAAAAUCAACAGAAAUCAGCCAAGACCUCAGGAAAAAAAUUGUAGACCUCCACAAGUCUGGUUCAUCCUUGGGAGCAAUUUCCAAACGCCUGAAGGUACCACGUUCAUCUGUACAAACAAUAGUACGCAAGUAUAAACACCAUGGGACCAUACAGCCGUCAUAUCGCUCAGGAAGGAGACGCGUUCUGUCUCCUAGAGAAUAACAUACUUUGGUGCGAAAAGUGCAAAUCAAUCCCAAAACAACAGCAAAGGACCUUGUGAAGAUGCUGGAGGAAACAGGUACAAAAUUAUAUAUAUCCACAGUAAAACAAGUCCUAUAUCGACAUAACCUGAAAGGCUGCUCAGCAAGGAAGAAGCCACUGCUCCAAAACCGCCAUAAAAAAAAACAGACUACGGUUUGCAACUGAACAUGGGGACAAAGAUCGUACUUUUUGGAGAAAUGUCCUCUAGUCUGAUCAAACAUAAAUAGAAUGUUUGGCCAUAAUGACCAUUGUUAUGUUUGGAGGAAAAAGGGGAAAGCUUGCAAGCCGAAGAACACCAUCCCAACCGGGGGUGGCAGCAUCAUGCUGUGGGGGUGCUUUGCUGCAGGAGGGACUGGUGCACUUCACAGAAUAGAUGGCAUCAUGAGGAAGGAAAAUUAUGUGGAUAUAUUGAAGCAACAUCUCAAGACAUCAGUCAGGAAAUUAAAGCUUGGUCGCAAAUGGGUCUUCCAAAUGGACAAUGACCCCAAGCAUACAUCCAAAGUUGUGGCAAAAUGGCUUAAGGACAACAAAGUCAAGGUAUUGGAGUGGCCAUCACAAAGCCCUGACCUCAAUCCUAUAGAAAGUUUGUGGGCAGAACUGAAAAAGCGUGUGCGAGCAAGGAGGCGUACAAACCUGACUCAGUUACACCAGCUCUGUCAGGAGGAAUGGGCCAAAAUUCACCCAACUUAUUGUGGGAAGCUUGUGGAAAGCUACCCGAAACGUUUGACCCAAGUUAAACAAUUUAAAGGCAAUGCUACCAAAUACUAAUUGAGUGUAUGUAAACUUCUGACCCACUGGGAAUGUGAUGAAAGAAAUGAAAGCUGAAAUAAAUCAUUCUCUCUACUAUUAUUCUGACAUUUCACAUUCUUAAAAUAAAGUGGUGAUCCUAACUGACCUAAGACAGGGAAUUUUUUUACUAGGAUUAAAUGUCAGGAAUUGUGAAAAACUGAGUUUAAAUGUAUUUGGCUAAGGUGUAUGUAAACUUCCCGACUUCAACUGUAUAUACUGUAUUCUAUAAUAUUCUACUGUAUCUUAGUCUAUGCCACUUUGUCAUUGCUUGUCCAUAUAUGUAUUCUUAAAUUCCAUUCCUUACUUAGAUUUGUGUGUAUUGGGUAUAUGUUGUGAAAUUGUUAGAUAUUACUUGUUAGAUAUUACUGCACUGUCGGAGCUAGAAGCACAAACAUUUCGCUACACCCGCAAUAACAUCUGCUAAACACGUGUAUGUGAACAAUAAAAAUUGAUUUGAACUGUUCUUGCACUUCCUGAACAUAAUAGACAAACAUGAGUCAAAUGAGUUGCCUAACCCUAACACAACCCUAACACAACACUAACCCUAAAACAACCCUAACACAACCCUAACAUAACCCUAACCCUAAAACAACCCUAACACAACCCUAACACAACCCUAACCCUGAAACAACCCUAACACAACCCUAACCCUAAAACAACCCUAACCCUAAAACAACACAACCCUAACCCUAAAACAACCUUAACACAACCCUAAUCCUUAAACAACCCUAACACAACCCUAACAUAACCCUAACCCUAAAACAACCCUAACACAACCCUAACACAACCCUAACCCUGAAACAACCCUAACACAACCCUAACCCUAAAACAACCCUAACACAACCCUAACCCUUAAACAACCCUAACACAACCCUAACCCUAAAACAACCCUAACACAACCCUAACCCUAAAACAACCCUAACACAACCCUAACCCUAAAACAACCCUAACCUUAACCUCCCAUGAAUAUGAUUGCAGGAGGACCAUAGGAAGCAGAUGCGCCAACUGAGAGGGGACAAUGAGGAGUGUGUAUCCCGUCUGGAGGUCACGUUGGCCAGGCUACAAAGCGACUUGGCCCUGGGUGCCCACCACCGCCGUGGAGACCUCAGAGACGUGGCCGUAUCCACGGGAGACGACCUCUCAUCCCGGGACUUCCGCACUGUGUGCGUCCAGACGGGCCGCCAGACCUUCCUCAGGACCCCCCAGGAUGAGGAGGGGGGUAUCAGGCCAUAUCUGAGCCCCCAACCCCCCCUCAACGUGCCUAAGAGACUGGACCUGGCUUCUAUCAGUCUAAAUCAGUCUGGACAGGCUACCUCUCCCUCUUCUCCCUCCUCUUCCCCCGUUCUUCUCCCUCCACCUCCUCCUCCUCCACCUGCUCCUCCACUCCCACUGUCCCAACCACCUGUACCUCAUCAAUGGUUAUUAUCAGGCAACCUAGCCCCACUUCCCCCUCCUCCUCUUCCUCCUCCUCUUCCUUACCUUCCUGCUCUAACCCAGACCCAGGGACUCGACGGCCCCCCUCCACCCCCACCCCCUCCACCAGGCUGUGGCCCCCCACCACCUCCCCCUCCAGGGGGUCUGACCUUAGGUACCAUAUUAGAUAAACCCCCCAGGAAGCCGGCUGUGGAACCAGCCUGCCCCAUGAAACCUCUCUACUGGACCAGGAUACAGAUACAGGACAACAAGUAGGUGUUAAAACUAACAAUUAAUUAAAUUAAAUAUUUUAUACAUUUCUUUGUGUGAAACAUUUGUAAAUAUUAUUUUUUUAUCUGUCUGCCCAGGAAGUACCGAUGAAAACUAGCCAGCUGGCUAAAUCUGGCACAUUUACAGAAAUUAAUUGAUGUGCAUUGUCCCUGUCAAAUUAAUAAAUCAAUCAGUCAAUCAAUCAAAUGUAUUUAUAAAGCCCUUUUACAUCAGCAGUUGUCACAAAGCUUUACAGUAACCCGGUCUAGAUGUGAUCUCUUAAACUGGUCCUAUAUCUAUCUGUGCUGAAGGCCUAUAGAUAACUCCUACUGUUGUUGCCAUGCCAAACAGACCUAGGACCAGGCUAACAAUCUCUCACUAUUUUGUUCAACCACUUUUCCGUUCCUGUUAAACGUUAACAAAUCGCUUCCACCCCAAUCUUUUUCUAAGUUUGUCUCAUAAGAGCCUGGUUUAAAAGGCUGUACACUAGACAAUUUAGUGUGGUCUGCGUGACAGUUACCAGUAACACACCAGGCAUUGUGGGGUCCAUCUCUCUACUGUUGUACUGUAAACUGAUACCUUGUGAACAUAAUUGUUUCCACUCACAGCUCUCCUUCCAGCCAAUGUAGUCCACCACAGCCUGGGAUGUUAUGUGUGUGGCUCUGUUAAAUUGCUCUAGCUUAACACCAACAUCCUCUCUGGAUGGUGUUUUAUCCUGGUGGUGAUUGCCAGAGAGAAAGGAAGAGAGAAAAUAGCCCAAAAUGACACUCAAACCCCACUGUCUAUUUUUUUUAUUUUACCUUUAUUUAACUAGGCAAGUCAGUUAAGAACAAAUUCUUAUUUACAAUGACGGCCUACACCGGCCAAACCCGGACGACGCUGGGCCAAUUGUGCGCCGCCCUAUGGGACUCCCAAUCACAGCCGGUUGUGAUACAGCCUGGAAUCGAACCAGGGGGUCUGUAGUGCCUUAGACCGCUGCACCACUCGGGAAUUCAUCUAGACAUAUAUAUAUAUUUUUUUCUCUCUCUCUCUCUCUCUCUCUCUCUCUUCUCUCUAUCUCCUAGAUCAUCUCUCUCUUCUCUCUCUCUCUCUCUCCUAUCUCUAUCUCGCUCUCUCUCUCUCUCUCUCUCUCUCUCUCUCUCUCUCUCUCUCCCUUCCAUUUACCCCCCCCCCCUCUCUUCUCCUUUCCCAGUAAAGACACAUUGUGGAGCUCUCUUGAGGAACCAGACAUCAUCAACACCACAGAGUUUGAAGACUUGUUCUCCAAGACCACCAUACAGACCAAGAGAAAACCUCUGGUAGAGGCUUAUGAGAAGAAAGCCAAGGACAAAAAGGUACGGUAGACUGUAUGUAGCCCAAUACAGGGUAGCAAUGUGUCUAUGUUCCACUAGAGGGCAGUGGUGUCUGAGGAUUAAACAUACCAGCCUGGGACAUUCAGUACAUCUAGCUGGAACCACAGUUUUACUCAAAAUAUUCUGCAUUUUUGUAUUGUCGGAGGCCAAGAGUGUCUGCAUUUGCUAUUGGAAUGGACAUGAUACCCCUGCAUGUAGACAUAUAGCUGGAAUGGACAUGAUACCCCUGCAUGGUUGUUUGAAAAUGAGUUGAUGAAGUCCCCAUGGUCAUCUAUCUAUAGUCAGCCAUGAUGAAGUCCCCAUGGUCAUCUAUCUAUAGUCAGCCAAGAUAAAUGAUGAAGUCCCCAUGGUCAUCUAUCUGUAGUCAGCCAAGAUACAUGAUGAAGUCCCCAUGGUCAUCUAUCUAUAGUCAGCCAUGAUGAAGUCCCCAUGGUCAUCUAUCUAUAGUCAGCCAAGAUGAAGUCUCCAUGGUCAUCUAUCUAUAGUCAGCCAAGAUGAAGUCCCCAUGGUCAUCUAUCUAUAGUCAGCCAAGAUGAAGUCCCCAUGGCCAUCUAUCUAUAGUCAGCCAAUAUGAAGUCUCCAUGGUCAUCUAUAGUCAGCCAAGAUGAAGUCCCAUGUUUCUAUCUUAGUCAGCCAAUAUGAGUCCCAGGUCCACUAUGUCAGCCAUAGAAAUCCCAUGGUCAUCUAUUAUAGCAGCCAAUAUAAAGUACCAUGGAACUAUAGUCAGCAAGAGAAGUCCCCAUGGUCAUCUAUCUAUAGUCAGCCAAUAGAAGGUCCCAUGUCAAUCGUUAGUCAGCCAUAUGAGCCCAUGGUCAUCUAUAUAGUCAGCCAAUAUGAAGUCCCACAUGCGUCAUCUAUAGUCGCCAAGAUGAAAGUUCUGCAUGGUCAGCUAGUCAUGCAGCAGAUGACAUGAUACGCCCCAUGGUAUCAUUUAGUCAGCUGAAGGGAAGAUCCCCAUGGUUCUAUCUAUAGUCAGCCAAGAUUGAUGAAGUCCCAUGGUCAUAUAUCUUAGUCAGCCAAUAUGAUAAGUCCCAUGGUAUCUUCUAUAGUCAGCCAUGAUGAAGUCCCAUGGUCAUCUAUCUAUAGUCAGCCAAGAUGAAGUCCCAUGGUCAUCUAUCUAUAGUCAGCCAAGAUGAAGUCCCCAUGGUCAUCUCUCUUAGUCAGCAAGAUGAAGUCCCCUGGUCAUCUAUCUUAGUCAGCCAACAUGAAGUCCCAUGGCCAUCUUUAUGUCAGCCAAGAUGAAGUCUCAUGGCAUCUAUUAUAGUCAGCCAUAUGAAUCCCCUGGUCAUCUUAGUCAGCCAGUAACAGAAGUCUCAUGGCAUCUCUUGUAUGAAUAUGAAGUCCCAUGCAUCACAUAGUCAGCCAAGAUGAAGUUGUCCCAUGUCAUCUAUCUAUAGUCAGCCAAGAUAAAGCCCCAUGGCAACUCUAUAUCAGCCAAAAGAUGAAGUCCCAUGGUCAUUAUCUAUAGUAGCCAAGUAUGUAAGUCCCCAUGGUCAUUACUAUAGUAGCCAAUAAUGUGAAGUCCCCAUGGUCAUCAUUAUAGUCUAGCAAUAUAUGAAGUCCCAUGGUCAUCUAUAGUCAGCCAAAUGAUGAGUCACCAUGGUCAUCUAUCAUAGUAAGCCAAUGAUGAAGUCCCCAUGGUAUCUCAUGUCAGCCAAGAUGAAGUCCCAUGUCAUCUAUCUAUAGUCAGCCAAGGAUACAUGAUUGAAGUCCCUGCUCAUUAUGUUAGUCGCCAAGAUGAAUGAUAAGUCCCCAUGGUCAUCAUCUAGUCAGCCAAUAUGAGUCCCCAUGGUCAUACUAGUCAGCAGAUAGUCCCCAUGGACUAUGAUAGUCAGCCAGAUGAAGUCCAUGGUAUCAUCAUAUAAGCCCCAGAUCAAUGAUGAAGUCCCAUGGAAUCCCAUUAUCUAAGUACCAAGCAAAUGAUGAAGUCCCCAUGGCCAUCUAUAGUCAGCCAAGAUGAAGUCUCCAUGGUCAUCUAUCUAUAGUCAGCCAAUUGAAGUCCCCAUGGUCAUCUAUAGCACAGAAUGAUGAAGCCCAUGGUCUCAUGUAUCGAUCAUAUGAAGUCCCCAUGGCACUAUAUGUCAGCCAAGAUGAAUCCCCAUGGUCAUUAUCUAUAGUCAGCCAGACAUGAUGAAUCCCCAUGGACUAUCUAUCUACAAGUUCAGCCCAAGUAUAUACGCCAUGGUCAUUCAUCUAGUAGCCAAUGAUGAAGUCCCCAUGGUCAUCUAUCUAUGUCAGCCAAAUACAUUGAUGAAGUCCCAUGCAUACUUAUAGUCAGCCAAGAUCAAUAUGAAGUCCCAGGUCAUUAUCUUAUGUCAGCCAAUACAGAAGUCCCAUGGUCAAUCUAUAGUCAGCAAGAUGAAGUCCCCAUGGUACAUCUUAUACAAUACAGAUAGCCAUGCAUCUACAUGGUCAUCUAUCUAUGAGUCCCAGAUCAUAUUAAGUCCAUGGUAUUAUUAUAGUCAGCCAAGAUAAUGAUCUAAGUCCCACAUAGCUAUGAAGUCAGGCACAAUAUGAGUCCAUGGAUCAUGAUGAAGUCAGCCAAUGAAGUCCCCAUGGUCUAUCUAUAGUCAGCCAAAAGAUGAAGUCCCCAUGGUCAUCUAUCUAUAGUCAGCCAGAUAGAUGAAGUCCCUGCAUGGUCAUCUAAGUCACUAUGAAGUCCCAGGAUAAAUGAUAGUCACCAAUGCGUAUAUCCAUGUCACCAAGAUAAGUCCCAGGUCAUCUAUCUAGUCACCAAUAUGAAGUCGCCAUGGUCAUCUAUAAGUCACCCAAGAAUGAUAGUACCCAUGUAUCUAUAAGUCAGCCAGGCAUAUAUAGUCCCCAUAGGUCAUCUAUCUAUAGUCAGCCAAGAUGAAGUCCCCAUGGUCCAUCUAUCUAUAGUCAGCCAAGAUAUGAAGUCCCCAUGGUCAUCUAUAGUCAGCCAAAGAAGUCCCCAUGGUCACUAUCUAUAGUCAGCCAAGAUAAUGAUAGUCCCAGUCAUCUAUCUAUAGUCAGCCAAUAAUGCAAUCCUCCAUGGUCAAUAUAUUGAGAGCCAAAUGAAGUCUCAUGGUCAUCUAUAUGUCAGCCAAGAUGAAGUCCCUGGUCACAUAUCUAUAGUCCCCAUGUAUAAUGAGAAGUCCCCAUGGCAUCUAUCUAUAGUCAGCCAUGAUGAAGUCUCCAUGGUCAUCUAUCUAUAGUCAGCCAAGAUAAAUGAUGAAGUCCCCAUGGCCAUCUAUAGUCAGCCAAGAUGAAGUCUUCAUGGUCAUCUAUCUAUAGUCAGCCAAUAUGAAGUCCCCAUGGUCAUCUAUAGUCAGCAAAAUGAAAGUCCCCAUGGUCAUCUAUCUAUAGUCAGCCAGAUGAUGAAGUCUCUGGUCAUCAUGGUCAGCCAAUCUAAGUCAGCCAGUAAAUGAUGAGUCCCCAAUGUCAAUCUCAUUGAGUCACACAGCCGAUGAAGUCCCCAUGGUCAUUAUCUAUAGUCAGCAAUAGAUACCAUGGUAUCCCAUGUCAGCCAAUAACCUGAUGAAGUCCCCAUGGUCAUCUUCAUAGUCAGCAAGAUAAGAUGAAUCCCCAUGGUCAUCUAUCUAUAGUCAGCCAAGAUGAAGUCCCCAUGGCCAUCUAUCUAUAGUCAGCCAAGAUGAAGUCCCCAUGGUCAUCUAUCUAUAGUCAGCCAAUAUGAAGUCACCAUGGUCAUCUAUCUAUAGUCAGCCAAGAUACAUGAUGAAGUCCCCAUGGUCAUCUAUCUAUAGUCAGCCAAUAUGAAGUCUCCAUGGUCAUCUAUAGUCAGCCAAGAUGAAGUCUCCAUGGUCAUCUAUCUAUAGUCAGCCAAGAUGAAGUCCAGCCAAUCAUAUCUAAGUCCAUGCAUCAGUAUACAUGAUAGAAGUCCCCAUGGUCAUCUAUCAAUAAGUCUCAUGGUCAUUAUUGAAGUGCCAUAGAAUGGUCUAUCUAUAGUCAGCCAAGAUAAUGAUGAAGUCCCCUGGUCAUCUAUUAUAGUCAGCCAAGAUGAAGUCUCCAUGGUCAUCUAUCUAUAGUCAGCCAAGAUAAUGAUGAAGUCCCCAUGGUCAUCUAUCUAUAGUCAGCCAAGAUGAAGUCCCCAUGGUCAUCUAUCUAUAGUCAGCCAAGAUGAAGUCCCCAUGGUCAUCUUCUAUAGUCAGCCAAAUGAAGUCCCAUGGUCAUCUAUCUAUAGCAGCCAAGAUACAUGAUGAAGUCCCAUGGUCAUCUAUCUAUAGUCAGCCAGAUAAGAUAGUCCCCAUGGUCAUCUAUCUAUAGUCAGCCAAGAUACAUGAUGAAGUCCCCAUGGUCAUCUAUCUAUAGUCAGCCAAGAUGAAGUCUCCAUGGUCAUCUAUCUAUAGUCAGCCAAGAUACAUGAUGAAGUCCCCAUGGUCAUCUAUCUAUAGUCAGCCAAGAUGAAGUCCCAUGGUCAUCUAUCUAUAGUCAGCCAAGAUACAUGAUGAAGUCCCAUGGUCAUCUAUAGUCAGCCAAGAUGAAGUCUCCAUGGUCAUCUAUCUAUAGUCAGCCAAGAUACAUGAUGAAGUCCCCAUGGUCAUCUAUCUAUAGUCAGCCAAGAUACAUGAUGAAGUCCCCAUGGUCAUCUAAUAGUCAGCCAAGAUGAAGUCCCCAUGGUCAUCUAUAGUCAGCCAAGAUGAAGUCUCCAUGGUCAAUCUAUGUACAGCAAGAUACAGAAAGUCUUCAUGGUCAUCUAUCUAUAGUCAGCCAAGAUACUGAUGAGUCCCAUGGUCAUCUAUAGUCAGCCAGAAAUGAUGAAGUCUCCAUGGUCAUCUAUAGUAGCAGAUGAGUCAGGUCAUCUAGUCACAGAUGAAGUCUCCAUGGUUCAUCUAUCGUCAGCCAAGGAUGAAGUCCCCAUGGUACAUCUGAUAGUCAGCCAAGAUACAUGAUGAAGCCCAUGGUCAUCUAUCUAGUAGAAGAUUGAAGCACCAUGGAUCGAAGAGAGAUGAGAGCAGAGUCAACGGUGAGCGAGACUGA